AUGCUCAAUUCUGCCUUUUCUCUCCUCUCUCCAGCUUGCAACCCCAGCGCCUGCCGGGCCAUGGGACGGGGGCUCCAGCCGAAGGGGGUGCGCGUGAAGGAGGUGGCUGAUUUCAAGGUGUACACCAAGGGAGCAGGCACUGGAGAGCUCAAGGUGGUGGUCAAGGGGCCAAAAGGCAUCGAGGAGCCAGUGAAGGUUCGGGAUGUUGGCGAUGGGGUCUACGAAUGUGAUUACUUCCCAGUGGUACCCGGGAAAUACGUAGUGUCCAUUACAUGGGGUGGAUAUGCCAUCCCAAGGAGUCCCUUUGAGGUGCAGGUUGGACCAGAGGCUGGAACGCAGAAAGUGAGGGCUUGGGGGCCUGGCUUGGAGACUGGCAUGGUGGGCAAGUCAGCAGACUUUGUUGUGGAGGCCAUUGGCACGGAAGUGGGCACACUGGGCUUCUCCAUCGAGGGCCCCUCUCAGGCCAAAAUCGAAUGCGAUGACAAGGGGGAUGGCUCCUGCGAUGUGCGCUACUGGCCCACGGAGCCAGGAGAGUAUGCCGUGCAUGUGAUUUGUGAUGACGAGGACAUCAAGGACAGUCCGUUCAUCGCCCACAUCCUGCCUGCCACCAAUGAAUACUUCCCGGAGAAG